CAACUUCUUGAGAAUUUCUUAUUAUCGACGUAAAAGCUGUGUGUUUUUUGGUGAACAUAAUCAAAGCAAAAACUCUUGUGAUAAAAUUUCUUAAUCAUGCGCUGAUAACACAUGUGAUUCUUUAUUUUUUGUUUGUUUUUUCGGUUUCUUAUACUCAUGUGUGUUUUUAAUGUAUCGUUCAUCUAUGCAAUCACUAUCUAAUAUCAACUACAUUAUUAGUUUCAUUGAAGGAUAGAAAAACUGACUAUAUAUAUUCCAUUUAAAGGAAUAAUGAGGCUUUAUUAAGUUGGCAAACACAACCUUUAUCAAGUUUACUUCUUAUCGUAAAUCCUUUUAUAUUCAUCAUGUCUGCACAAAGGGCUAUUGUCAAAAACACUAAUUUACCAGCGGAUAUGCAAGAUCAAGCAGUGAAAACAUGUUUGAAAGCAAUGACAACAUGCAGACAUGAUAAAGAUGUAGCUGCUGCAAUAAGAAAUACUUUCAAUCAAAAGUAUGGACGUACGUGGCACUGCAUUGUUGGAGGCAGUUUUGGAAGCAACGUGAGCCACGUGGACACAGGUUUGAUUUACUUCUUCAUGGGACAAAAAUCGGUCUUGCUGUUCAGAUCAGAAAAAGCUCACUGAGUAUGCAAAUAUGAACGAUAGUACAUUCCGAGUGAAAACGAAUUCGCUGGAAACUUGAUGGAUAGUUUCAAAUGUUUUUAGCUCACAUUAAAAAAAAUGUUAAUAAAUACAAUCUGUAUUAAAGCCUGAAA